AUGGAUGACGGCUCUGGCAGCUCCCUGGGCUCAGCUGUCAUCUUCUGGUGCAUAGAAGGAUAUCAGCUUGUGGGCAAUGGAAAGCUGACUUGCUUGCUGAAAGGAAGUGUCUCUGACUGGAGCCAUCCUCCACCACACUGUGAAGUGAUCCCAAAGCCAAUGGACAAAGGUUUCCGAGUGGCAGUUAUAGCCUCUCUCAUCAGCGGAGUAGUUAUUGUUACCAUGUCCAUCUCAUUUGCUGUUUGCUGCCUGCGAGACAGAAGGCUGAGAGGAACUGAACACGGAAAUGGAACCGGUGAAGAGCAACAGCAAAGGAGGAAAUUUAAGAUUGGAAGAGCCGGCUCUGCUAAGCAGGAAAUGGGGAAACAAAGGAGUCACUUUGGGAAACUGAAGCACAAUCGCAGGCUUCACUAUCGUACCUCCGCCCUCUAUAGUUGUGCAUAUCCUGGGGUACUGGCAGGAUGCAACAACCAGGGAUUUCAAAGAAGUCAAGAAAACCUACAGAAAGGGGCUCCGCAAUCUUUAUGCUCUGAGAUCCACAUCUUCCCACAGGUUGUUUUGAAGCCAGGCACAGUCCCAGCCGCUUCCAUGUUUGUUCACUUACCUCAGAAACAAGGAGACAUUCCUUUGACCGUGAAACCCUGCCACCCCAAUCUCUUUCCAGAUUUGCCUUCUGCUUAUUACAGAAGAUACGAAGGACUCCAACUCUUGAGCAAGCAGUGA